AUGUUUAAAUUAAUCGGAUUUACUUUGUCUACUAAGAACUCAGAUGAUAAUGGGAAAUUUGAGUUUAGAGAAUUUGGGUUAACUUUGUCUCAUAUCACAUUAACAGAAGGUACUCAAGUAAGCGUAUAUGUCAAGUUCCCAAAGGACGAAGGAUAUUUACAAGAGGAUUUAAUUAUAGCAACAGUAACUAAGUCCCAGCCAAAUGCUUGUAUUCACCAGCAAGAAUUCCCAACAGGCUCUGUAUUAUACUGUAAAGGAAGCGGAGUUGUAGACUGUAUUGCAAAUCUACCUAUUCAAGACUGCUGUGAAAAUGGAUGUUGUGAAGCCAGCCACCCUAGUGAUGAAGAGUCUGAAAUUAAUUCCAUUGGAAGCAAUGAAGAGGGGAAAGAUAUGGAAAUGGAGGAUUUGGAUAUAGAUCCAGAAUUAGACUCAGUAUCUACAGCCUCAGAGAAAGAGAUUAAGAAGGAUGGGAAAAAGGUAAUCAAAGCAAUAGAAAAAGUGAAGGUGGAAAAAAAACAGAAGGCUUCCGCAUUGGUAAAUGACAUAAAAAAGAAUCAAGAUGAAAUGAUUUCUCCAGGAUUCAAGAAGGAGUUACCAAGUGGAUUAAAAUAUGAAGUUUUAUCAAUUUCAAGAAAUGUUAAAUCAGACACUCCUCAAAUUGCUUUAGUAGGAAGCAAGGUUAAUGUUAAAUACGAAGGUAGACUAGCAAAGACAGGUAAAAAGUUCGAUAGUGGAAAUCUUUCAUUUACUAUUGGAAGUGGACAGGUAGUCCCUGGGUUUGAUCAAGGAGUUAAGGGAAUGAUAGUAACAGAGACUAGAAGAGUCUUCAUUCCUUCAAAGUUGGGAUAUGGUGCAAGGGGAUGUCCUCCUGUAAUACCCAAGAAUGCUGAUCUUAUCUUUGAAAUCACAUUGCUUAGUACUAAACAUUAA